UUUGGUUUGUGGUGGGCGGACGCUGGGAAGUUGGAACGGCUCUGACCGGCCCGACCGAUGUUCAGGCCUCAGGCGAAGCCAAUAGACCUUGAGCCCGAACGUUUGAACUUUGACUGCAUACAAGCUCUUAUAACGUAGACGGAACGGCUGUCAUACUACAGCCUACAGGUCUGACUAGACGAAACAAGAGGCGAACUAACAGUGAUGGCUGCUCCAACGAAGGUGCUAAUGCUGCAUGGGCACUCGCAAAAUGCAAGUAUAUUCAGUAAACGCCUUGGGGCCUUGAGGAAAUCGAUGGGAAAAGGCAUUGAAAUGGUAUUCAUCGACGGACCCAUUGUCUUACUUCCUGUUGACCUCAACGGCGCCUCGUCUGCAGCUUCGUUGGCAGCUCUCGGAGCCUCAGAGGCGAACGCGACAUCCUCUGAUCCUUCAACUACGCCCCGAGCUUGGUGGAAAACUAACCCAGAGAAAACAAUCGCCCACGGGUUAGAAGAAUCUAUACUCCUUCUGAGAGAUAUUCUUCAGCGUGAUCGAUAUGAUGGUGUGUUUGGCUUCAGUCAAGGAGCAGCUAUGGCUGCUCUGCUUGCCGCUCUCCUAGAGCGGCCUCAUUCAUACCCUCCCUUUCUCGUUGAUGGAGAGGGCUCCUCACCCGCCUUUGUACGUGAUGUCAAAUUCUGUGUAGCCGUCUCAGGCUUCAAAGCACCCGGGUCUCUCAGUGCAGAAAUCUUUGGGACAUCAUAUUCUACACCAACCCUGCACGUUCUCGGGAGAAACGACGUCAUUGUCAUUGAGGAGCGCUCGAAGGGUCUACUUGAUCUUUCACAGAACAAGAGAUUGGAGGAGCAUGAUGGCGGUCAUUUCGUGCCCUUGAAAGCCAUCUGGAGGGAGUUCCUCCGCAAUUACUUGACUAAUCCUCUUGGGGUGAUUCCUUCCCCAGAACCGAGAAAUAUCAUUCAGCCUACAUCUGCAAAACUGUGA